GGCGCACGCCUUUUACGCGCCUCGAUCCUUUCCGUCGCACCGGUGCGGAGAAGGUAGCGGCGUCCGAAGGACUGACACGGAAGGUCACCUCGAGGCUUUCUUUCGCUUUCCAUUCAGUUCGGUGGCGGGGUAUUUCUGCAGGAGCGUUUUGGCCAGCGGGUUGGAGAGGGUGCCUGGGCUUUCCUGCUUCGCGCCGCUGUUCACAGCCUUUGGGAGCAGCCGAGAAGUCCUGAAAGCUUUGGGAAAAAGAAGGAACGGAAUUAACAUCCAUCUUGUGUACGAAAUCUCUUAUAUGUGAAGUCUCACUCUUCUUACAUAUGAAAAAAAUCUUAACCAUCUUGUGUAUGAAUUAGCAGGAGUGAAACGCGCACAAUGGUACAUGCUGAAACAUUUUCUCGUCCUCUAACUCGGAAUGAAGUUGUUGGUUUAAUUUUCCGCUUAACAAUAUUUGGUGCUGUGACCUAUUUUACAAUUAAAUGGAUGGUAGAUGCAAUUGAUCCAACAAGGAAGCAAAAAGUAGAAGCUCAAAAACAGGCAGAAAAGUUGAUGAAGCAAAUAGGUGUGAAAAAUGUUAAGCUUUCUGAAUAUGAGAUGAGCAUUGCUGCACAUCUGGUGGAUCCUCUUAGUAUGCAUGUAACAUGGAAUGAUAUCGCAGGCUUAGAUGACGUUAUUACAGACCUGAAGGACACAGUCAUUUUGCCAAUCAGAAAAAAACAUCUAUUUCAAAACUCAAGACUUCUGCAACCACCAAAAGGAGUGCUGCUAUAUGGCCCUCCAGGUUGUGGUAAAACCUUGAUUGCUAAAGCUACAGCAAAGGAAGCUGGUUGCCGUUUUAUUAAUCUUCAGCCCUCAACAUUAACAGAUAAAUGGUAUGGCGAAUCCCAGAAGCUGGCAGCGGCUGUUUUUUCUCUUGCUAUAAAACUUCAACCCUCUAUCAUCUUUAUUGAUGAAAUAGAUUCUUUUCUACGAAGUCGUUCGAGUUCUGAUCAUGAGGCCACAGCUAUGAUGAAAGCCCAAUUCAUGAGUCUCUGGGAUGGUCUAGACACUGAUUUUAAUUGCCAAGUGAUAGUGAUGGGAGCUACCAAUCGCCCUCAGGAUCUUGACACUGCCAUUAUGAGAAGAAUGCCUACAAGAUUUCAUAUCAAUCAACCUGCACUAAAACAGAGGGAAGCCAUCUUAAAACUUAUUUUGAAAAAUGAAAAUGUGGACAGGCAUGUGGAUCUCCUGGAGGUUGCUAAAGAAACUGAUGGGUUUUCAGGAAGUGACUUGAAAGAAAUGUGCCGCGAUGCUGCACUGCUGUGUGUCAGGGAAUAUGUAAAUACUGCAUGUGAAGACAGCAACGAUGAUGAUGAAAUUCGCCCAGUGCAACAAAGGGAUUUGCAUCGAGCAAUCGAGAAGAUGAGGAAAUCAAGGGAUGCAACAAAUCAAAAUGUUCUGAUGCAUGUUAGUUUAGAUUAAUGUUAUCCAUAGUUUCUUUUGGUGACUGGUAAUUUAAAUAGUAGAAGUCAAUUGAAAACAAAACAAAAAAAAAUCCUUUUAAUGAUUGUUUCUGGAAUUGCUUUUAUAUGCUGAUACCUAAGUUAUUGAAACCUAGUAAUUUUGCAGAAUUGGAUUCGGUCCGUGUGACAGAUCAUGACAUGGAGGUAUAUGAUCUUGCUUAAACCAAUGUCCUUGUUGCAGCCUUAAAAAUUUGUUGGUAGAUUUUCACAUGGCACAUGGUUGUUCUGAGAAGGAGCGGAGCCUAUGUAUAUGUAUAUGAGACGAUGUCUGUGUGUAUAUGAUAUGUAUGUGUAUUCACAGGUUUUUAUAUAGAGACAUAAUAUGUAGAAAACUUGAAUGUGAAAUCCGUUCAUUCUUUUUCUUUUUACUUACUAUCUGGAUCGAGUUAGAUCAUGGGGUUAAAAUAAUAAUUGCACAGUU